AUGAUAUCAACCACAACUUUCCAAGCUGCAGUUGACCCACCCGGUGGUGUUUGGCAAGACAAUAAUACAAAUAGUAGCACUGGAGGUACUACUUAUUGCACCCAUGAUAACAUAUGCUCUGCUGGAACUUCAGUGGCAGGCAGCGGCUUCCCAAAAGACUUCCUCGAGUUCGUAACACUCAAUACCGUCUCGUAUAUUGCUUCUCUCAGUGUCACCCUUUUGCUUGUUGGCGGAUUUCCCCUCCGAAAUUGUGUAAUUAUGUGGCUUUUAUCAAUGGCCAUGUGUCUUUGCCGGAAACUUUCUAUGGCACUCACCUAUAUACAUGCGCUCAUCUUAGCGUCCCCUAAUACUGAAAUUUACAAAUCAUAUGAAAAGAUAUCCCAGAUAUCCAUUGUGGUUUGGGUUAUAUUGCUUGGGAUCAUAGCUGCAAUCCACACCAUUCGUCUUAUCAUUUGGUUGGCAAGGAAGUUGUGGGGCAGGUUCAAGCAUAAGAUCCCAAAAAGCCUCAGGAACGUGAUUGAUAGUUUGGUGGAUAGUUCGAGAGCACGUCACCGUACCAAAAAAUUCUGA